AUGCCUACGGUAGCAGAAGGUGCGUCCUUGGGACAGACGGACACGAAUACGCAAUACGCUGCAGUCAACCAAGGUGUCUCCGGAAAUGGACCUAGUGUUACUAUUGAGGAUACAGAUAUAGGGAGGAGUAGAUCCAAUACGGCGGGGAAUGGUGGCCGAUCGUUCUUCGGAUUCAGGCGCGGAGCUAAAAAGGAGAAGGCUGCCACGGACGAGGACGAUCGUUACGAACACGACGUUGUCGACAUGCUCGAUGUCAUUGAUCCUGAAGUUUCGACCUUAUCAACUCUCACAAAUGUUCAGAACUCUCUCUUUGUACCUGAUCUCGGACGUUUAGUCAACAGGCGACCCACGUAUACACUUAGACGACGAGCAACAGCCGCAACAGAUCCAGAAACAGACACUGAUGACGACCGAAAACCGGUCAGGCCGGACUACGCGGACACUCUUGGCCGCACUGUUUCACGUAUCAUGUAUCCGAACGAGCAAGAUCAGCAAGAAGAUCAGACCACUCUUGGACCAAACUUGACACGAACACACACGUCAGCAUCAAUAUCUUCCCAACUCACCGACUCCCACUAUGCCGUCUUACCACAUGGUGUCGAUCUUGAAGGAUGGAGUCAAGAUGACAAGGAUCAGCUCAAUGAUCGCGUGAGGCACAUGCUUCAUUCCCGUAGAUCAAAGUUCAAACGAUCCAUGAAAGGUUUUGGGCAAUACGUCCGAAGACCUUUGGGAUUUCUGGUCACUUUGUACGCAACACUUAUUACUCUAUUUGGUCUAGCGUGGGUUCUGUUCUUGAUUGGCUGGAUCUAUGUUCCGGACAAUCAAGUCUAUGUUGUCCAUAUCAUCGACAGCGUUCUUGUAGCUCUUUUUGCUAUCAUGGGAGAUGGGCUGGCACCCUUCCGCGCCGUCGACACGUACCAUAUGAUCUUCAUCGCUCACUAUCAUCAUCUGACCUGGAAACUGCGACAAAAGAAGAAACUACCGGAUCUCCAGGACCACAACGAUCUUCCCAGUCAAAGAGUCGAUAAUGUAGAUCUCGAGAAGGUCGAUGAAGACACCCCUGAAUUCUCUGUCCUUAAACCUGAACAGCAGAAGAAGUUGGACCAUCACGCGUACAAGUUUGCUCGCUCGCACACUUUUUACAAACCACAUGAAACCGAUACUCAUCACGCCUUUCCUUUGCGUCUUCUCAUCGCCAUUGUCGUUUUGCUCGAUUGCCAUUCCCUUUUACAAAUCUCCCUUGGUGCUACGACUUGGGGCAUAUACUAUAAAGACCGACCCUUCGCCAUCACCACGGUCAUUCUCUGCUGCUCCAUCACAUGCAACGUCACCGCUGGUAUUCUCAUUUCUGUAGGAGACCACCGUUCGCGUAAAAAGGAUGUUGUCGAACGUAUGUUCCGCCAAACUCUCACCGAGGAAGCCAUGGCUAGGAUGGCUCACAAGAAGAAGCGCGAGGAGAAAGAGGCGCGCGAGAGAUUUGACCGCGAGCAACUCGAAUAUGAAGCCACUGAAGGCGCAGAGGCAGAGAGGCGUGCCGCCGUCGUGCGUGCACACGAGAAGCUGGCACAGGAGAAGAAAAAGAAGGAAGAAGAGGAAAAGGAAGAGGAGAAGAGGCAUUGGGAGGAGCGCAAGGAAGAAUUCAAAGACCGCUUCCGACCCAGCACAGAUGAUCACAAACGAUCACGGGCCAGCAUGGACGAAAGACGGACACGACCGAGCAUGGACGAGAAGCGUUCCUCCAAGGCACUCGAUCGGGGUGAAUCGUCUGUUCCUUCGAGCCCGACUACACCGGUGACGGCGAAGGUUAGACAGAGCUUGGAUGAGAGGAUAGGUGCGGACCAGGAGGGCAAAUGGCAAGCGUCAAAGGAAAAGUACGGUGUCAGUCGGAAGAGCCUGGACGGGGCGAAUAAGCUGUGGAAACCGGCUUCGAAGUAA